AUGACGCAAAACGCGACGAUUGACCUCCUCCCCGCAGGAGGAGGCCCUCUCGUGGGGCUUUGUGGGGACAACAUGGCGGCGAGCUUCACCAUCUCCGACAGUGAGUCUGAACCUUCAGAGGAACUAGAGGAGACUCUGAAGCUGGAGCUGAGAGAAGCAGCCAAGACCGGUACUGGCAGGAUCAGGCUGAGCUCAGAGUCCCAAGCCUCUGUGGACCUCAGGCCAGAGCAGGGCCUGAGCUCCCCCAAUGAGGGCUUCCCUUUUCGGGGUCGAUCCAAGUCUGCGCCUCCCGCUCUCUGGGCCGCCAAGAAGUACGGCCAGCAGCUGCGCAGGAUGAGCGACGAGUUCGACAGUCUACUGGACAAAGGGGAGAUGAAGAAGCCAAAGAGUCGUCCCAUGCAUCACUCUAAGACCUGGUGGAGUUACCUGUUCAGCCACCAGGAGAGCGAGGCAGAGUCCCACCACGAGCCCCCCCACGACCCUCCCCGCACAGAGUAG